ACAAAGGUUCUGUUGACUGAUGUGAUGCCCAUCCCACUCUGGGAAGAUAAAUGAUGGCCUACUACAUGUAACAUUUUGCUUCUGCGAAAGGCCCAGCAUGCACUUAACUAAAAAUCUUGUAGUCUCCUGUUUCUGAAAAAUUGUAUUGUCUGUCAUUUUAUUUUUUGCUUCUGCUAAGGACCCAGCAUGCAUUUAACUAAAAAUCUUGCAGUCUAAUUGUUUUCCGAAACAUUGACCUGUCGUCUAAGUCUUCAGGUGGGUGAAGAUGCAUUUAUUCAUGUUACGCUUACAUGUGGGUAAUUACUUUGACUAAAUAUAUAGUAUACGUAUAGUUAGGGGAUCGGACUUCUACUUCCAUUGACGGGGGCCAUACCCGGUGCCACAAUGGCUUAGUUCCAUGGUGGGGGUUAUGUUUCGAGGGGUCUUCAGAAGAAUGUAAGGGCAAUGGCUAUGCGCCGUUGCAGAGUGUGCCGCCCUAGGAUUAUUUGGAGGAGGUGGAGGUGGUUUCAGGAAAUGGCAGUUCUAGUAAGAAUUGGAUGGGAGAAGCUAGCCUCUCGGAUCUGUCUUUCGGGAUUGCCAGUGGACAACGUGAAAAGGAAAUUGUGAUGCUAUUGAGAGCGUCUCGCUUUGCUUUGAUAACGAAUCAAUCUCUUGAUUUCUUCGAGAGGAUAAUGUCAGUUCGCCCGAAGGCUGUUUUUCUAUUUCCCUGGGGCUUUUUUUUUUAAUCUCCCAGGGCUUAUAAUAUAUUUGCUUAUAGUUAAAUUCAUUGUUUAACUCAACACGAUAAAUCAAAAAUAUGUUUAACUAGAGAGACGAGUGAAUGCUGAAUGCAUAAAAAGGGGCAAUUGGCACACGUAAGCCUGACAAAACCUCCAGCCUCCAAUACCAAUACAGUUUAAAAGACCAAAAACCCAUGUCUGGAGAGUUCUAUUCAAUUCUCUCUCCUACCUUGACGAAUCGCGCAUAGAGAGAGAGAGAUGAGUUCGUCGUCGCCACAUCGUUCUCGUGACAAAGAGGAAAGACCGAGGUUCUUCGACCCCAAAGCCAAGAGUCUGUGCUGGGCUAAAGCCGAUGCAGUGCCAGGUCGUCACCCUGAUCGAUGGCGCAAAGAUGCCGCCGGCAACAUCGUCUGCAAGCGCUUCUGCAACUGCCAAGGCUGUCUCUGCUUUGAGUACGAUCACAUCAUUCCUUUCUCCAAAGGUGGUGAGUCCGUACCGGAGAAUUGUCAGAUCCUUCAAACAAGAGUAAACAGGUUUAAAUCAGACAAAGACAAUGUGGACAAAACUCAGUUGCAAGGUUACUCUUGCGAUGUCAAGUUCACUGAUAAGGAGCUCGACAUAAUUGAAAUGGCUGUUUAUGGGGAUGUGAUUCGCCCAGGAAACCAGUGCCGUUGUAGAACUGUUGCUGAGAUGCUUGGGCAAUACAAGCCCAAAGAUCGCAUGGCAGCUUGCAAGUUGCCAUUUAAUGACGAGUCUCUAUAACAGAUACUGAUUGAACUUUUUCAGCAGAUCUACAUUGGAAGAAAUUGAACCAGGCAUUCUGUUGAAUUUGUCAUUUCUGACUUGUGGACACACAAGAUAUCUUGAAUAACAUUUUUUAAUUGAUAAGUACAUCUUGAUGCAUUUGAUUUGCAUUAUUGUAAUUGAAAUUUCCAUCUGACCUGUAAGCAGAUUGUAAUGAACAUUCAUUCAAAACCCUGUAAGAAAGGGUGCUUAGCUGUGCUUUAUAAUAAAAGCUAUUUUCUUUUUUAAA